AUGUUCCGGUCCUUUCUCGUCUAUCAGGAGAGUGGCGGUUCAAGCAACGAAGCAGAGUCCGACGGAGAGGACAUAGAGGACGUGGAAUUCCACCGGGAGGAAGAGUCUUCUGACGAGGAGACCUCGCAGGUACGGGCGUUCAGGGAUGAUUCGCCUCAAUCACUGGGCCGUUCCCCAGUCUGUGUUUACGCUGCGAUGGACGCAGAGCUUUGGCCGUCAGACUCAGAGUCGGGCAUGCAGUUGGAGGGGCGCAAGCGAAGCGAGCGGGGAGAAAGCGAUCAGAGCGCAGAGUCCCAGCUACGUGGGAGGGGUCGUCGCCGGGUGAUCAUGUCGUCAUCGUCUAGUUCGGAAGCGGAAGCCGAUGAGGGGGGGGGACAGUCGGCUACGUCGAGCGAGUGGGGCGACCUUCAUGAUGACGACGACCAUGCAUGGGACUGGGACGAUGAGCAUGAAUCUGGAGAGCUGCGCGAGUACUUCAGCGUCUGCCGCAUCGACCUUCAUCUGGGGCAAGAUUACAGGGAGUCCCUUGCGCCCCAGGCGGUGUUCCAGCCUGGACAACCGGUGGAUGCUCUCGUAUCCACAAGGGCCGCCGCAGCCGGGCCCUCCGUCCCAGAUGCUUCCAGGUCUGCCCCUUUGACAGCGGCCACGUCAGAAGUUCCUACCCGCGUCACCUGCCGCACCGCAGUGCAGGAGACGACGCCCUCUCCUCGGGAGGUCGGGCAACGGAGCACAACCCCUUUUCACGGCCUCGUUGACCCAAGCCACUUCAGUGACUUCCAGCGCAAUCUGAGAGCCGAGAGGCAACUGGCAUCCUCGCAAACAGCAACCACGGCUGGCAUCAACCGCCCUCAGGAACCAAGCCCGGCUGUUGAGGCUCAUGCGCAAGUGCAGACCGGGUUGCCAUCACAAGUGGACCCCAUCCUGGCAGCCGCCCAUUUCUUCCACGGACUUGGCGUCGUGACUGUCACCCACGACCUCCAGGAGAAGCUCUUUCCGAACGGCCAAGUCCGGAAGGCUCCCUGUCGCUGGGGGUCCCUCAAGCCCUGGAAGGAGGCAAACCUCAGCAACUGCCUUUCCGAAUUUGCCAAGUCGGGGCGCAACUCCAUCGCCAUCGUCACGGAGAAAUCUGACAUUUUUGCGCUCGACGUGGACGUGAAGGACGGGGGCUUUGAGGCGCUCGAACGAAUGCUCGACGAGCAUGACAAUUUCCCAGUCGACACGCCCCGCCUAACCACCGGCAACGGGGGGCUGCACAUUCUCUUCUCCCUAUCCCAGUCUGAGGAGGCCGGCCUGCUCAACUGCAGUAACAGAGCCCGGAUCCGCUACAAGGGCAAAGCGGUGGGCAUCGAUGUGCGCGGAAGAGGGGGGAUGCUGUACACAGCACCCAGCAGCUAUGUGGGUCUUGAUGGUACGCUGCGGCGCUACAUGUGGGAUCGGGAGAUCUUGCCCGACCGCUCCAAUCUCAGAGCUGUGCCAGACUGGCUCAUAUCCAUCCUGAACGACGGCGGUGAAGCACCAAGCGGGGGUGUGGUGUGUGUAACUCGGGAGGGGAACAAGGCCAGCGAGUCGCAGGCUGUACCUUAUGGACCCCCUCGUCCGAUCGAAGACCCUCAGCAGAUUCCCCCAGCAGCGGUCCUGCAGCGCGUCAAAGCCUGCGUGGCGGCCACUGGCGACAGCGCUUCCCGCUUCGAUCGCCUCAAGGAGGGCGUCAACGGGCCGAUGUACGUCUUUCGAGUGGACGGUUUGCGCCGCUGCCCAUAUGGCAAUCAUCACAACGGCUCGAACAACUUCAGCGUGCUGGUGCGUGGCAGGGACCUGCUUUAUUGCUGCAGCAGCUCGGAGUGCCAUGGGGUUUGCCCCUACCCGAAGAUCGGAGAGCUCACGCGCUCCGAGGCCAUGAUCGGGGGUGCGACCGGGGCCUUCCAUGCUGACGACUCCACCGCGAUCUCUGCGCUGGACAAGCGCUUCGUGGAUUUUUGGGCCUUCGAGGGGGACGUCGGUGGCAGCAAGAUUGUUGCUGCAAUGUACGCACGCUGCGGCAGGCUGUGUUUUGAUGGUGAAAGCUGGCACUACUGGAACCGGCGGUGCUACGUAGCAGAUGAGAAGAGCGCAUUCUUCGUGAAGAGCGUUCUCAUCAAUCAGCUGAGGACCGUAUACAGGCGACUCAAAGACGAGUUGAAUGCAGCGAUCAAGGCAGCCGCCGACGAGAAAAAGAAGAAGGCGUUGUGCGAGAAACUCAAGCGCCUGCGCACUUACAACAACAGCCGCGAAAUCUCCAGUACUCUGGAUCUCGUCCGGGGGGAGCUGUUCGCUCCUGACUUUGCCCAGCAGCUCGACGCGAACCCAGACAUCCUCAACGUUGGGAACGGCGUGCUCCUUCUGAGAACGGGCGAGCUGGAUCUGCACAGGCCCCAGUACAUGUGCUCCAAGAUCGCAGAGACGGACUUCAUG